AUGCUCCCAGUAUUAUCAAAAAUCGUAGAAAAAUGCGUCCAUACGCAACUAUGUGAGUAUUACCAACAAUCAAACUAUCUGACGACUGAUCAAUCAGGUUUUCGCCCAAAUCACCGAAUUACAACUGCCCUCUUAAAAGUUUGCAAUGACAUCCAAACGGGCAUGGAACAAGGAGACCUCACUGAAGCUAUUUUCCUUGAUUUUGCUAAGGCUGACACAGUAGACCACGACAUCGUACUGCAAAAACUAAAAAACUCCGGUAUCAACCUGGUAUCAAUCAUAUGUAUCGGACCGAUCACAAUAUGUGCAGAUUUCUGAGAGUUACUCUCUCCCUCUCCCAGUCUGGUGUUCCCCAAGAUUCCAUUCUCGGCCCCCUACUAUUCACAUUAUUUAUAAAUGAUUUCCCUAAUGUCUGCAGAAUCUUCAAAUGUACACAUGUACGCAGACGACACAGUAAUCUAUGCACGCAAACCCCAUCUACCGCAGCUUGAGGCUGUGCCAGUUCACAGAGGUAGAAAAGUGAAUCACAAAAAACAAACUUUUCCUAAACACUGACAACACUGUCACAAUGAUCUUUGGUACAGUACCUACCACAAAAUUCCCAUCUAUGCAUCAAAACAAAAUCAAAUAGAACUCCACUCUUUCAAAUACUUGGGUAUGUUGUUAGACCCCAAUCUAUCUUUUGACCUCCACAUAAAAAAAAGCUUGCAUCAAAAGCUUUUCCAAAACUAGGUGCCUUGUACAGAAACAAAUCCUGCCUAAACCCUACAGUAAAGGAAAAGAGUGUACAGCAAAUGCUGAUGCCAAUCAUUGAUUAUGGGGAUGUAGUAUAUGCACCUGCACCACAAACUCACCUUAAUAAGCUUAAAACGUUGUAUAACUUGUUCUGCCGCUUUGUGCUACAAUGUGAUUACAGGACCCACCAUUGUGACAUGCUAAAAGAACUAAACUGUCUGUCACUGGAAUCCAGACGCACCUUUCAUCUUUCCAGCCUUGUGUUUAAGAGCAAUUCUGGGCAGCUCCCACCCUACCUGAGCAGAAUGCUCUCACCGGCUGUUCCCACCUCAUAUAACCUCCAAUUAUAUAGUAUACCUCAACACAAAAAGAAAGUGUCUCGAUCCUCAUUAUACUACAGAGCAUCACAAUUAUGAAAUGACCUCGCGCACACUUUCAAAUCUUCCCCAAGCCUAAAAUCCUUUAAGAGAUCCCUCUCUACAUAUCUCAAAACAGAAUGUACCUGUCAUGGUUGAUUAUAUAUUUCUUACCUGUUUUAUGUUAACUUUUGUAUAUAUUUUGUAUUAAUAUUGUUUUUGUAUUUUAUUGUACCCUGUGGUAUCAAUGCAAUGUUUUGUGGACCCAGGACAUACUUGAAAACAAGAGAAAAUCAAUGUAUCCUUCCUGUUAAAAUAUUUUAUAAAUAAAUAAUCAAUUGAGUCAAUGCAUCUCUAUGAGGAAAGUUCAGUGUCUGCAUGGAGAGGGUGGAGACAUUGAAUGGCAGUACUGCACAGUAUGUGGCGCUGACCCAAGAAGCACCUCCAGUAGCCAUCUGAGGAGUGACUAGUGGAGUUAUCACUAGGUUGUAAUGUAAACACUGUAUUUUCUCUGAAAAGACAGUGUUUUUUGCAAAAACCUGAAGGGAGUAAUUCUACUCACCUGAAGAAAUCCAAUAAGUUGUAGUUGUUCUGGCGACUAUAGUGUCCAUUUAACUGAUAUGCACAGUUAGUAUCAAAUUAUGGAAGAAGAGGAUUGAUUGUCUGACAAAUUGGAGAAAAUAUAUAUGCAAUAUUUUGGAAAUACGAAUGUUAGUAUCGGAUUGACUUUAUGAUGAAGUAUGAGCCUUUAUUAAAAAAAGUUUUAAAAUAAAAUAUAAACCAAAAGUAUGAAGAAUAUAACCUUGAAAAUAAGGAAGAGAAUAGAGAAAAAGAGAAAGUGAAUUGAGGGAAAAAGUUAACAAUGGAGUCAAACAGUGCACUGUUUUUUAUUUGGCCAGUUCAGUGUUCCUUUAACCCAAGGGGCUGUAGGAAAACUUCAUGAUGUCUGCGUAAUCUAGCCUUUGAAUAACAUGAUUUAAGAGUAUUAUGAACUGUAGCAGCUAGUUCAGAACUUUGUGAAUUACUUUAUUCAAGUCAACUACUGUCUGUAGACAAAAGUUUCACAAUAAAAUGUCUAUUUUCUUUGUUAUACUACAGUCACUAUGGUUUGGCCAUUUGGCAAACAUGAAUCUGCUGCUGCUGUGCGAAAUACUACGCAGCCUCCAAUUGUUUCACAUGACAACUCAACAGAAGUGGCUGGAUCUGGGGACAAGGCUGCUGAUGCCUUCAGAAAGAUUCAACAAGAGCUUAUGAAUCAGAUCAGUAAGAUCCCCUGUAAGUACAAACAAUCUGCAUUUUUGGAUGCCUUUAUGUUUUGCAAAAAUGCUCAGCUUAGAAAUGUCUUCAUUAUUAUGUUUUAUAUUUGCAUUAUCGAUUUAUAUAGCACCAGACAAACAAAAUAAUUGUUGACAAAUACAAGGAGUAAGGAGUGCUGUACUUAACAAACAGGGAGGAUAAAAACCUAGAUAGAUAUGAUGAUAAAAUGGUGGUAUACAGAAACAGUAGGGUGGAAGGAGAGAGAAUGAAGUAGAAGCACAGGUAGUGUGUGUAAUGAAAGGUGGACUGCUGUAAAGAAAGAAGUUACCUGGUAAGAUCCUAAGCUUUUUUAGCUAGAUUAGUUUUAAGGCACUUCUUGAAUAACCAAAGCAAAGCAAACACAUUAUUUUCGGUAAUGGUUGUUCCAUUGACUUGCAGGGAAAGAUACAAAGGUAUUUACAGUAAGAUUAAAAAUCAGUUCAUGCAAUAUAGAAGCUCACAAUAGAAGAGAGGCAAUAGAAGGGAGGCAAUUAACAACACAUUUUAGGAUGCUGAAAGAGACAAUCAGGGGAGCAGAAUAAAUCUGUCAACAGUGUAUAGAUGGUACUGACAUUAAAAGGAGUUAAUAAGGUUCACAGUAGAGUAAUAUUAAGAGAAAGCAAAAUGGAGCCAAGGCAGGUGAUGCCAGAAAAAUUAACACCAACUGAGUAUUGAGAGAUGUAGGAUUAGAACAAGGAAAAUACAGUGUUGAGAAGGCCAAUGCUGCUGCGGGUUUGAAGAAGGACUCAGUUGUACAUGGUGUCAAAAGCAUCAUAAAGGUCAAAAAGAAAUAAAAGAGUAUAAUGGCUUUAGAGUGAUUAAGUCAUUAGUGAAUCUAUUAAAGUCUGUUUUAGUGGAGUGAAAAGAGUUAAAGCAGAUUAAAGUGGGUCUUAAGGGGAGUAGAAAUUAACAAGUUAGUUAAAGGACCACUAUAGUGCCAGGGAAACAUACUCGUUUUCCUGGCACUAUAGUGCCCUGAGGGUGCCCCCACCCUCAGGGACCCCCUCCCGCCCGGCUCUGAAAGGGGGAAAACUUACCUUUUUUCAGCGCUGGGCCAAGCGAACCAAGCUCUCCUCCUCCGUUCCUCCCCGUCGGUUGAAUGCGCACGCGCAGCAGGAGCUGCGCGCGGCAGGAGCUGCGUGUGCAUUCAGCCGGUUUCUCUGAAACUGCUAUGUUUAUAAAAAAAAUGGGUUAACCCUAGCUGGACCUGGCACCCAGACCACUUCAUUAAGCUGAAGUGGUCUGCGUGCCUAGAGUGGUCCUUUAAGUAUAAAGAUGUUAUGAAAAUCCAGAAGUGAAGGGGAAUAGUGAUAUCUGAUAUGUGACAGUAGAAAAAGGAAGUUUUAGUAUGGGCUUGAUGUUUCAUGAUUAAAAAAAAAAUUAGAUACACACCAGAAGAUAGCAAGAUAGCGAGAGAGAAUAGGGAUGGAAGAACAUUUUGAGAAAGAGCAUAGAUAAGAUGAGAAAGAAUGGAAUCAAAUGAACAGGUGGUGGGGCAAGAGGAUAGGACGUGUAGAAACCUUCUGUUCAGUGACUGGCAUUAGGCCAUUUCUAAUGGUAAAUCCAAUGAGAAAAAUAAAAACAUCAAACAGUCACAGGAAAUUUAGAACACAUGCAGAUGUAGAAAGUAAACCACUGAAGAGUUGCAUUGUGAACCUUACUGGGGCCUGUGACCGUCAUUGGGCAUGUGGUGUUCUCAAAUUUCUGUAUCAGAUUUUGAAAUUAAAGCUUUUGCAGUGCUUAUAUUAGCAGGGUCUAUUUCAAAAACUGGAAAUUGGGGAUCGUAGCAAAUUUUAGGGUAAAAUAGCCAUACUGAAAAAAAAUACUCACUUGAGUUAUUUCCAUCUAAGUUGUCAUGUGCUUAAAAUGGUUAUGUCCCUGUCAGCUAUCCACAAUUUCCUGUUCAGUGAAUAAACAUCAAUCUUUUCUCAACAUCAAAACUCCUUAGAUGUGACAGGUCCACCUAAAUAUAUUAAUGCAUCUAGUAUUGCAAUUUGGAACUGACAUUUCUUACUUGUUCUCUAAUUCACAGUACCCCCCUGGGCACUAAUAGCCAUUGCUGUGGUAGGUGGACUACUGAUUAUCACCUGCUGCUUCUGUAUUUGUAAGAAAUGUUGCUGCAAGAAGAAGAAAGGUAAAAAAGAAAAAGGAAAAGGAAAAGGAAUGAAGAAUGUACUAAACAUGAAAGACUUGAAGGGAGGCGGGGGACAGGUAACAAUUUAA